AUGCCUGAAACCUUCAGGGUCUAUCCCAAAGACGGCGGUGCAGCUGCAGGCAUGCAGUGGGUAGCGAAGAGGUGGCAGGGCACGCGCAGGCUGUACCUGCACGCGCCGCCAAAGAAUGGGUUAGCAACCGCGAUGGCAGCCAUGCAGGGGUCGGUCCCGGCUGCGCUGACCUACCUGGAUCUGGCAUGGGGCAGGCACGACGAUGCGCCCACGCUGUGCAUGCUGCUGACGUGGAUGGCGGCUCGCGCGGAGCGGCUGCAGACGCUCAGCCUGCAAGCCUACACCAUCCACUGCCUGCCGCCCAUGCUGAACCUCAAACACCUUGUGGUGAGCCUGUCAGGUUUGUUCAUGGCGGGGCUGGCGCAGUCGCUGCCGCUGCUGCGGUCGCUGGAGACCCUGGACCUCACGGCCAUCGGCUGCACGGUGCCGGCGCUCGAUUUCGCCCCCCUGCGCCGCCUGAAGAAGCUUGCACUCUUCGGCACGGCGCCUGAGAGCCUGCAGCUGCCACCUGGCUGCGAGGUGUACGUGGAGGUGUACUGCGAGGAGACGGCGCGGCGGCCGGUGUGGGACACAAUACUGCCAUCGCUGGUGUCGUUCACGUGGCACCAGGAGGACUUCUUCCUGCAGGACAUCGAGGGGCUGCCCAACUUCCUGCUCGGCCCGCGCUGCCCGCCCACUGUGCGCCUGUGCCUCGGCGACAUCUGCUACCCCGCAGCGCCCCUCGUGCUGCUGGGCGGGCUGGCGACGGCGCGGCAGCUAUGCAUUACGGGGGAGGACGUAAACGUGCACAUGCCGGCGCGGCCGAGCUGGGGCCACAUCCACCUGUGCGCGCGCGGCGCCCUUAACCUCACCUUUGAUGACGUGGACGGCCUGGCCGCACGCAUGCCGGCCGCGCUGUUCCAGUGGUGGACUGCGCACGGCGUCGGCGUGCUCAACCUCUACAAGGCCUUCCAGUCCGCGCGCGCCGACUGGUGGUAUGACGUGGACGGGGCGAUAGCCUCGAUGUGGAACUCGCAGCGUCAUCAGGAGGGGUUGGACCUGUCGGAGGUGUGUUUCUGCGGAGCAUGCACCCCAUGCCUUCGCGGAGAGGAGUACCAGCGCCACUUGUGCCUGCUCAACCACUACCGCCGCUCAGACCACUCCUGA